GCAGGAAAACCGUGUUGAUAAGUACAUGAAAAAGAAGGAGAAGAAACAGCGUUUCAAAGAGAUGAGAGAAAGUGGAGCAUUUUAAUGAUUUCAUGACUUAGCAGCCACUUGGCCAAGAAAAUACGUCAGCAGAUUCUUGAGACAACAGGGAUAACUUGCUGUGCUGGUGUAGCCCACAACAAGCUCCUUGCCAAGCUCGUCUCCGGUUAUUAUAAGCCAAACCAGCAAACAGUGGUGUUUCCAUGGCAAGUGCAUGAUGUUAUGGAGUCCCUGAAACAGGCUAGAAGUAUCCCAGGGAUUGGAAGCACCACCUUCAAGAUUCUGGAGGACUUGAACAUUUCUACUGUACAAGAACUCCAGAAUGCAAGUUUAAGUACAUUACACACUCGUUUUGAUGAGGAGACCAGUAAAAGAUUAAAGGAUCUAAGUUAUGGCAUAGAUGAGAGUCUUGUUAGAAAAAGUGGGAAACCACAGAGUAUUGGUUUAGAGGAUGCAUUUAAAAAGGUAAGCUCAAUUGCAGAGGUACGUAUCAAAUAUCACACUUUGCUAGGGAGACUCUUGAAACUCUUAGCAGAGGAUGGUCGUGUACCUGGAGCACUAAAGGUAUCAGUUCGUAAAUUCGAUAAGGAGCUAAGAUUCGGACACAGAGAAACCAAACAAGUACCACUUUUAGCAUCUCUGUUUUCUACUGGUGUGAAAAAUAUUACAGAAAGAACUAAGUCAGAUUUGAUGAAUUUGAUAAUAAACUUGUUUCAUAAAAUGGUUGAUGUAAGUAAACCCUUUCAUCUAACUCUUGUUGGUGUUGGAUUCACAAAGUUCAUAGAGAGGGCCAAAGAAGGAAUGGCAAUAAGCUCCUUCUUCUCAAAAACCUCUAAAGAUAGAAAGGAAAGCAUAAAAACUGGUGAAACUAAGCCCAUGAACAUAUCCCAGAAUUCAAAGGGUUCGUAUAAGUUAGACAGUAAAUCUGAAGCUGUCAGAGAAGAACCAAGGCCUUUAGAUGUUAGACUCCAAGAAAAUGAUACCUCGUCUGAAGAAGCAAGUGAUGCAGAGGACUUUCACCAGCCCUUAGAAGAUGUACGCAGUGAGAAGACUUACCACCAUGCACAGGAUCAGUCACACAACAACAGUGAGAAUAAAGCUGAUGAAGAAGCACAAGAAACAGCUGAGAAAUAUCCCUCUGAGUUAGAUAUGUCCAAGCCAUUGCCAUCUCGAGUACCAGAUUUACCAAGUGGGAUUGACAGAGAAGUUUUUGAAUCUCUUCCCUCAGACCUCCAAGCGGAAGUCUUAAGAUCUUACCAGGCAAGCUCAUUAACCAGCAAAAGGGAGAAUAUAACAGAAAGUAAAGGAGUGAAAAUCCCAACAAGUAAAACCAAAAGUCCCGCUAAAUGUAAUGUGAAUAGAAAACGCAGCUUGGAUGUGUAUUUCAAAAAUACCCAGAGUCGGGAUGUACAUGAAGGGGACAGCAAAAGGGUUAAAUUGGGAGAGGAAACAGAAAAGACAAGUGAGUUAAACAAUAGGGCAUGUGAUAAUCUUAGUGUUGAGAAACCUUCGUGUAGCAGAGACAAUUCAGUUCACAAGGAUCAUUUCCCAGGACCAAAAAGAGAAAGUAAUGGUAAAGCUGAAUUACCUGUAGAAACUGAAAACAAUAUGGAAGUUCUCGUAAAGAAGGGCAUUGAUCCAGAUGUUUUCAAUUCACUGCCAAAAGAACUACAGGCAGAAAUUCUGGGUCAGGAAAAGUUACAAAAGCCAGUGUUUAGUCCUCCUAGAAAAAGAACACCAAAUUCAAAAAGUUCAAAUGAAUCAACUUCUAUUCUAAAAUAUUUUAAAAAGAAAUAAGAGAGAGACAUAUGUUGUUCUGUAACAUAGUACUUAUGUU